AUGCGAUCAGCUGUUGCCCCGCCGCGCCGGGUGGCCCGUCCCAGCGCGCCGCCCGCCUCGGUGCGCCCCCGCGCCCGCGGGGUGGGCAGCCGCCCCGCCCCGCCCGGCUGCGCUCCCGCCCCGCCCCGCCCUGGCCCCCCUAAACUCGCACGCAAGAAACACCCGCAGAGAUCCACAGGGAAGAAACCUCACUGCUGCUCUGACGGUGGGAAGAGAUUCACCUCCUCAGCAGGCAUUCAAAUUAAUCAGAGAAUCCACACAGUGGAGAAACCUUAUAGCUGUACUCAAUGUGGGAAGAGUUUUACUCAUUCAACCAGCCUGGUAUCACACCAGAGAACACACACAGGAAAGACAUCUUAUAUCUGUAGCUGUGGUAUAUGUGGGAAGAGUUUUACUCGGAUAAGCACCCUGAUAUCACACCAGAGAACACACACAGGAGAGAAACGAGAGAAACCGUAUAGCUGUGAUGAAUGUGGGAAGAGUUUUUAUUCAUCUAGCCAUCUUAUUGUACACCAAAGGACACACACAGGAGAGAAAUCAUAUAGUUGUACUCAGUGUGGGAAGAGUUUUUUUACAUCUAGCUAUCUGAAGAGGCACCAGAGAACACACACAGGAGAGAAACCUUUUAGCUGUACUCAAUGUGGUAAGAGUUUUACUCAGCUAAGCAACCUGAUAUCACACCAGAGAACACACUCAGGAGAGAAACCGUAUAGCUGUAAUGAAUGUUGGAAGAGUUUUACUCACCUAAGCAGCCUGACAUCACACCAGAGAACACACACAAGAGAUAAACCAUAUAGCUGUCAUGAAUGUGACAAGAAGUUUUUUAGCCUAAGCAGCCUGAUGUCAACCCAGAGAACACACACAGGAGAGAAACUUUAUAGCUGUGAUCAAUGUGGGAGGAGUUUUAAUACAUCCAGCAUUCUGACUAGACACCAGAGAAACACACAAGGAGAGAAACCUUAUAUUGUGAUCAAUGUGGGAAGAGUUUUGCUACAUCUGGCCAGCUGACUUCACACCAGAGAAACAACACAGGAGAGAAACCUUAUAACUGUGAUCAAUGUGGGAAGAGUUUUGCUACAUCUGGCCAGCUGACUUCACACCA